AUGUCUAAUUUCUCUGAAAUUAAUAAAUUAAAAAGAAAUAUAAAAAACUCCUCAAGAUAUGAUCAUAAAUCUUCUGGUGGGACUCUAUCACCAAGAUCGCCCAAUGCCGAGAAUUUUCCGGAAAGCCUCAAAACUCCUGCAAAGCCGAAAACAUCAAAACAAGUUUCCGUAGGAUUUUCGUCAACACACGCGUCCUUAGCAUUAUCGACAGCUAAUGAAAGAAGUCACACAGUUUCAAGAAGCUUAUCAGUGGCGUGUGUAACGUUGGAGCACCCAUCCCAUGAGCUACUGAAGGACAACAACUUCAUCUGCCACAAGUACAAUUCUUACCGAGCCAACUGCCUCAAGGAUCGUCGGAAGGUUGGGAUCAGACAGUUUACAGAAAUGAACACUCUUUUCAGAAAAGAUUUCGACCUGACUUGUUUGAGCACUUCCAGCGAUUACCAAAGUGGCCAGUUAUAUGGCCUGGAAAAGUUCUGGGCUUUUUUCAAAUAUUCAAGGAAGCAUGUGCUGGUCAAUGACAGGUUGAGGGAAUGGCUCAGCAAGUAUCAGAGACUGGAGGAUUUCAGAGUUGAGUCCCCUUUCGGUUUGAAGCCAAGCUUCCAUCACAGCAGUCAAGUGCAACUUCAUUUUUACUGGAACAUGCCCCCAAUGAAUUAUAUGACCAGAAUCAGACAUGACUCAGAAAGAUCAGAUCCAUCAAAAAAUAGAAGUGGUGGCCAACAUCACCAACAACAUCAGAUGCGAAGCUGUACCAAUGUCAGACCAUACAAUGCCCAAGAGUUGGAGGCAUGUAAUGGAAAUUGUUCCAUGGGGUUAUUUACUAGCACAAAGCACGUGUACUUACCUAGAAGAGAGCGCCGUAUGGUCACGUGGCAACAAAAUAUGUACAGAUUUUUCUUGAGCGGUUGCAAUGGACAGUACCUAAUCGAGAAAAGCGGAAGCUUGUUCAAAAAAGUCAUGUUUACGUUUUUUCAAAGUGAAAUCAUAGCAAAACUCAUGGUAUAUGGGUUUGUGAAAAGCGGUCUAUUUGCAAUGGACGGCAGUAAUAAUAAUAACAACAACAAUAAUAAUAAUGAUGAUUUCAAUAAUAUUAAUAAUGAUGAUAGGGAUAGGGAUAAUAAUAAUAAUAAGAAGAAGAAGAAGAAUAGUAAUAAUAAUAAUGAGAACAUCCUUUUAUUUUCAUUUUAA